GACAGCUCCGGCUUCGAACACGUGAUGGUGGGUGAGUUCCAGACUAACACAACAGUGAACGGACUUCACUCAUGGCUGGCUAUUACCUCAAGGAACGGUCUGAAAGCAUUAAUUACCAUGGCUACGUCAGAACGGCAGAACCCAACAUUAUCGCCGUAGACUAUGACUGGAGAGGUCGCCAUAAAUCCAUGGGACUUUCUUCGUGGGUACCAAGCCCUGAGUUUGAUAUGGCCCUCUACUCCCUGUCUGGACUGACCAACACUUCGCAAGUCCUGCUUGAUGGCCACACUGUCCAUCUGCAGUUCUACGACCUGGAGCGUGUCAAUGGCCUGCAGGUCGCAUCCGCCUAUCCGAUCAUCUAGGGUCAAAGUUUAAAAGGUUUAGCUAGAGGCUAUUUAUUUAUCAUAUAUAUAUAUAAAAGUCAGUUUUUCAGUAAAGUAAUAUAAAUAAGAGAAUAAAGGUUUGACCAAUAAAUAAAUAUAUUGCAUUAAUUAAUGUCUUUGUCAUGACUAACAAAAAGUUGAAUCUUUAAAGGGAUCUAACCGACGUUUGCAAUUAAAUCCCUCCAAACACUAGAUUGCUUCCCUUGGAAAAACGCUCCUUCACUACUUUCUCUCUCACUGUGUGUUCAUAGGGGUAUGAGCGUGUACAGUCCAGUUUUUAUCCUCUCCACCAUGUGUUAUAGACAAGACGGGGUGCUGGGGGGAAGAAGGAGGAUGCUAUAACUGUAAAUAUAUUAUUUGGAUUACCCGGUAAUGUUCAUGGAACUGGUACACUUGUGAAGUAGCAGUCAGUGUUUUUUUCCAUAAAAGUUGUGAUAUCAAGUGCAUUUUUUUUUUAUUUUUUUUUUAGAGUGUCAACCUUCGCAUUUCUUUAAUGUCCUCCCAGUCCAAAGCAUUCUGUACACAGGUACGCUAGACUCUAGAGUCAAGCUAUUUCCACCCAGAGCACUCCCGACUAUUAACCCGGUAUAAACACUCCCUUAUCUGUGUGGAGUAGUUUGUUUUUAUUUUGGUGGUUAUUUUUACGUCUUCCAAAAAUUAAAGCGUUUUUCGAAACUUUUAAAGUUUUAAACAGUUUCUUAUACAAAGAACACGGCACAUUGAUGUACGGGCUUAAACACACUUAU